CUUUUCUUAUCUGUCUACUCUGCUGUCAAAAUAUUUGAAUUUUUAGUUUUAUUAGUUUAUUUUAUUACUAUUUAUUACAUUAUCAAAUUAAAACCAAAUAAAGUGAGUCAUGUUAAUGUGAACAAUACAUUUUUGAAGCCAAUCAACAAUUUUCCAUGGUGUUUUCUAAAAUACAAGUAAUGAUAUUAAAAUGGCAAGAUUGUUCACUUUCCAUCAGUUUUCCAAGUGUUUAACAGUAACAAAAGUUUCCAAUAAAUUUCAAAUCAGAAAAUAUAAAACAAUUUUAGGAGAUAAGGUUACCGAGCUGGGUGAAAAGACACUUACAGGUCGCCUAUUAAUGUAUUUUAAUAAUUUUAAUGGUACAACAAAUCAAGUAAAGGAACCUACAACAAAGUUUGAACAAAUAAAUUUCAAUGCUUUGAAUUUCAAACACUGUAACAUAGAAGAGAUCAAAUCAUCAAUUAAAUAUUUGGAUAUUAGCCAGAACUUUUCAAAGUUACGUUUACUGCAAACUUUAGAUAAAGAAUGUAGUAAGAGACUGAGACAUAUGAAAACAACAGACAUUUUUGAAAUCCUCCAUAUCUUUAUGAAUAAACUGCCAAAUAGAAUAAUAGAAUUAAACUUUUAUAACGUUUCACUAUUGGAGUUAUGUAAUAGAUUACAAUAUCUCAAUAAAAAUGAAAUAGUUCAAUACAUUUUCUAUAUUGGUCUUAGAAAAAAAGACAGUAGAUGUCAUGAAAUAGUGAGAGAAUGUUUGAAUCACUUGAGUAAGUCAGGAUUGGAUAAAUUAACAACAGAAGACUUAUGUGUAAUUUGCAAUUCUACAUUUAAAACUACCACCAGAAUUAAUGAAGAAUUUUUAUCUAAAAUAAUUACAUAUAUCCAUAGUAAUUUAGAGCUGUUCAAUGAUCCUGCAUUCUUUAUAACUUUUUUGAAAAGUAUUAGGCACAACAGGUACCAAAAUGAAGAAUUGUUGUCUACCAUGACCUGUACAAUAUUUUUUAAUAACACCCUAAAACAUUAUUCAUUUUCUGCACUGUGUCAUAUUUUGGCUAUAUAUUCAGACUAUUUAUACUAUGAUGAAAAUAUAUUAAAUGUUUUUGCUCAAAAAUGCAUCAGUCUUUUAAAAUGUUCCCAUUAUAAAACAAAAAAAGAACAUAUGUCGGCACAACCAAGACUUAAAGACAUUAAAAGACUACUUUGGUGCCUCAGUAAUCUGAAUUAUAAUGGACUAGAAAUUAGUGAUAUUAAAAAUGUGAUAAUUCCAAGUAUUUUACAAAGAGUUGAACAAGGUGAUGUUGAGGAUAACUUUUCUACUUUGAUUGAAAUUAGCCUUUAUUUAUGGAUGUUAAAUUAUCGAGCUUUUGAACUUCUGCCUUACUUCUUAAAUAAAAAUAUCAUAGAAAGCAUAAAUAGGUUAAAUACUCCGAUCAAGCAAAGGUUAAAUCUUCUUUUAACAUGUAUGUUUUAUGAAGAAAAAAAACUUUUGAGGGAAAUUGGUACUUAUCCAAAGACAAAUGUAGAUUACAACAUGACCACCCAAUUUGAAAAACGACCUUUAUUGCAAAAAGUUACAACCAAUCUGAAAGAUAUUUCUAGAACACAUGAAUUAAAUAGAUUUGAAGUCGACUGUCAAGUACCAGGAAUAAAUAUUAUUGGUAUAACUGGUUACAAAAAAAAUAUUUAUAAAAGUAUUUACAUAGAAGUAUUGGAUGAUUAUACAACUCUGAAGAAUACCAAAAGUUUACCAACAGGAUUAAUGCAGCUCAAAUUAAGAUUAUUGGAACAUUCAAAUGAAGCUGUCAUUUUGGUCGAUUCAGAUGAAAUAGAGUCAAUGACUGACAAUGAAAUUCAAAACGUGUUAUUAGAAGAAAUGGAGUUUGUGUGCUGAAUUUUUUUCCAGUAAUGAAAUGAUUCAAAUCUUAAAGCAGGUUAAUCAGUAAAGAUUAAUCCAAAAUUUUGAAGCUUGAUAAAAAUCGUGAUUUUAAUUAAAGUUAAUAAAAUAUUUAUAUAUAAAACUUAUUUGACACUUCAGACAGAAGGUGAUGAGAAAAAAGACUUAAGACCUCUUGCGAAAAAAUUUUUAUGUUUAAAAUUAUAUCUUGAAUAAGUGAAUACAAAAGGAAUAUAUUUGAAAGUUUUUAAAAUUAUUUAGAUUAUUUUAAUUAGUAAUUUACUAUUGUUUUGUGAUAUCAUUUAGUUAACACGAUAUUUGGUAUUUCACAAUUGAUGAUAUUUCCAUAGAAAUAAUUAAUUUAAAUACAUUAUAAAAAGAGUUAAACAAAAGGGUAUGUAGUCCGAUAAAUAUUUGUUUCUUAGAUAAUUUAAAAAAAAUUGUAUUUGUUACUUAGUUCUGAAAGUUUUACAAAAAAUUGUGAUUACAUUUUUAUUUAUUUUUUUUCUUAAGUUUAUAAUUAAACUAGUUAUAAUUAAUUACGCGGACUCUUCAACUGAAAUUUGCAAGAUCGCUUUCUUUUCAUAUCCGCCACUGGAUUUUUUUUUAUUGACGAUUUAUCACAAAAUUUUAUUCUUGAUGGAAAUUGGUGUACGACCUAAAACUUAAAUCUGGCCCUUAUUUUUAAAAAUAGACCCAUAACCAAAUUUUUUAUUUUAGCAAUCUGAAAAAAGAACUUUUACAUAUGAAAUUCAAUAAAUUUAUUUAAUUCCAUGUAAUACUUUUUAGUAAAAAUAUUCUAGCUCUUUAAUAGGGUAGAUGCGGGGGCAUAAGUACGCAAUUAUGACUUAAAGCUCAUUAAUGACUUAAAAAUAUUAACAAGAUAUUUGAAAUUAUAAGACGAACAUAACAAAGCAUUUACUUAUUUAUGUACCUACAAGCAUGGCUAAAAAUAUCUUGAACUUUUAUUUUAACGUUUGUUGGCAAUCAUGCACUUGCGCAUUUUUACCCCUCUUCAUAUGGGACAAAAAUACACUAUAUAAAGUACUUAUUGAAAAUAAAUUCUACCAAGGUAAAAACAUUUAUUGAAUUAGAAAACACAUGAUCAUGAAUUAAAAUUAAUUUUUAAUCCAGCAAUUUUCAUAUUGUUGGAGAUCAUUAUUAAAGUGGAUCAUAUUGGCAAAACGCCCAGACUUCGAUAGUUGGGAACGUGAAAGUUUUUAUUAAUGAAUGCACUUUCUUCAGUCUGAUUGAACCGGCACAUAUGAGGUAAUCUUUUUAAGACAUUUACUUGAUAUCCCAGUAAGUCAAUCUGAUAGAAUCAAGUCAAAGCUUGUCUGGAACUGCCUUGGAAUACUAAAUGAUCUGGCAACACACAACAAGGUAAAACUAGGGUGGGUACCAGGACACAAAGGUAUCCAAGGAAAUGAAAAGGCUGAUGAACUCGCCAGAGAGGGAUCAGAACUACCAUUCACAGGACCCUAACCUAUAUUUGGGAUAAGCAAAACCUCUACUCGACAGGCAUUGAACAGGUGGAUAACCACAGAACACCAAAUUCACUGGCAACAGAUAAGAGGGCACAUAAUCAGUAAGCUCAUGCUAAGGGGACCAAACACCUUCAUGUGAUGGGAUUACACAAUUAUCCCACUACGUGUAGACUCUGCAUGGAAGAGGAAGAAACCUCAUAUCAUGUGAUCUUCGAAUACAAAGCUCUUACUAAGUGACGUUUCAUCCUUUUCGGUCUAAAACCCCCCAGGAACACUUAUUAAAACUAACCAAAUACACAGGACUUUUCCAAAGAUAAUACCUGAAUACGGGGAAAGCAGGGGAAUACAAUAGACCCAAGAGGCCGCAGUGUUCUGGGCCAAACCUAACCCUACCUGCUUAUAACCGACAAAGAUAAAGUCAAUCUGAUAAAUUUUAGCAAUAAACAUUCUGUAAGCAGUUUGCGCCGAGUUGUGAACUUGAAUAUUGGAGGUAUCACUAUCCUGAAACUGCCACUGACUCGUCAGAAGAUUAUUCAAACAAUUUUUUCAUAAUCUUAGGUUUUUUGUUUUUGCCUUGUUUUUUUUUUUUCAGUGCUGCUUUCCUUUCUGUUUCUUUUAACUGUGCUUUUUUCUCAGCAUGAUCUUGUAGGAGUUUUUCCAUAAUUGGGUGUCGAAUUAAGAUGAGCAAAUUUAAUGCUCUGUCAUUUCCGUUUCCUAGCUAUCUUUAUUUUUGGAAAUGGAAUUAUAUCCAAUGGUGAAGUUAGCUGUUUGCGAAGAUCAUUAUCGCAAGAAGAAGCUGUUGGAGAAGAACCAUGAAUUGCACUAAUGUCAAGAUGUUACUCUUCCUCCUCAGGUCGAGAAAACUCAGCAAUAUUGACCGCAGGCUCUGUAGUUGGAGAUACCGCCUCAUUUUCCCGCUCUACCUGAUUAUCGUGUUGUUGGUCCUGUUCAUCUGGGAAUUAGAUUAAAAUGUGGUCAUCAUGAAAAGCUGGGUCUAGUUCUUGAUCGGUUACUUCCGAUUUUAGAAAAUCAACGUCUGUAAAAACUGUUUUAUUGUAGGGAUGUAUCCCUGUAACUUUAAAAGCCCCACCCGCUAAUUCCACAGUUGCAUCUUUGGCAAAGGCUGUGGCAAAUAGUCCAGCUACAUGGUAGAUUGUUAGAACUUGUUCAGGAUUUGAAGUCGGCCAGCCAUCAGCAAUCUGUUCAUAAAAUGAUUUCAAUGGCAUAAAGAACCCUUUAUCUAAGAGUUGAGUUCGGUGACUACUAUGAGGAGGCAGGUUUACCAUGUGGAUAUGGUUUUCUUUUGCAAAAAGUACAGCUUCUAGAUCAGGCCUGCAUAACUGAGAUUUUCAAAGGGCCGGUUCAAAAAAAUCGUAGGUGUACGAGGGCCAAGAACGGAUGUACAUUUGUUUGGCGAGGGGAUCAAUUUAUAAAGCAAGUAGAGGUCUUCUAUUGAGCUUCAAAAAAAAAGGUCUUCAGCUUAUCAUGAACCAGGUUCUUCUAUCGAACUCCUAAAAAAGACAAUACCUAAAUGCAAUUUUCUUACUGAAAAAUAUAUAGUUUGACGUAGGCGGGCCAAAUUGGUAAAGGGACAAAGGGCCAAGAAAACGACAAUGGCGGGUCGCAAGCGGCCUGCGGGUCAUAUGUUGUGCAGGCCUGUUCUAUACUAACGUGUGAUACAUGAUUAUCCAGGAUGAGUAAAAUCGGGUUUUCUUUUGACAGAUUAGUGUGGAGCUUCAAAUGUUGUAGAUAUUUGAUGAAUGUAGGAAUAUUCAUAUAACUACUGUCUGUGACUGCCACGUCGCAUCCAUUUGGCCCUUCUUUAAUGAGUAAGAGAUAUACUCUUUUCAUGGCGAAAAAUAAAUAUGGAGGAAUGUAAUGACCUGUACGAUUCAUGCAGCAGACAACUGUUACUGUUUGCCCUUGCUCAGCAGCUACAGCCUUAGCUAUAUCUUUCUUUCCCACAGAAGCAACGUGCUUCGGUAAUUUAUUUGGAACUGUCUAGAUUCCAGUUUCAUCAGUAUUAUAUAUCCGGUUCGCUGGAAACAUCAAUUUUAUUAUUUAAUUGAUUUCUGUUAAAUCACAUUAUUCGUGCAAUGCUUGUUCUCUGAGGUUGUCUUAAGGAAAGCUUAUUUCUUUUUAAGGACAGCCUAGUAAAAUCUCUUCCUGCUGAUUUCUUUUUUGAAGAAAAAGGAUGCUUUACUUUAUUUUUUCAGCGUAUACAAAAAUAAGGUAACGUAAGGAUUUAAGGGUUAAUCCAUAGAAUCGUUUAUCUAAUUCUUUACUGUGUUGCACCAUCUCAGUUUCUGGAAUAUCUGCAAACACUGGUCUGAACCUAUCCAAACUAUUGGCGCCUUUUCCUUUUUUUAUUCGGCUUCUUAAUGUUGCUUUAGAAAAUCCUAAGGCGGCGGCAGAUUUUCAAAUGGGUAAACCACUACUGAUUAAAUCUUGGGCCUGUUUAAAUAAGGCAUACGUCAGAGGCUUCUUCUCACUUAUAAUUUCUGAAAAACAAAAAUUAAUUAGGAACUUCAGGUAGGUAGACAAACAAGAACUCUUUAUUUAAGUUAACAAAAAUAUUAAAAGUUCAUAAAAAAGUCUUCUUUAUCUACUUCAGAUAGGUAGACAAACAAGAACUCUUUAAGUUAACAAAUAAAUUAAAAGUUCAAAAAAAAGUCUUUUGAUAUUUUUUAGAUUAGGUAAUAUUUCCUUGACAAAUGGGACAAAAGUAGGCAUACACACUUUUGCCCCAUUUGUUCUGCAUACUUUUCCCCUUUUUCAUUUACUAACAUUUAAACAAAGAUAAUCUUCAAAUACAUGUUUAUGCUUAAAAUAAUAUCGAUUGAAUAUAACGUUUUGAUCCCUUGAAAAAUUUCAGACAUACACAGUUUUAAAGUGAACCUUUUCUAAGAUAUAAAACAUCAAAGACCUUCUAAAAUUACAUUACAAAGCACAAAAAAUAUUUUACCUCAUUUUUUAAAAGCACGUGUUUCUUUGCUUAUAACGUUUCACACACGCAUCUAGUACACGACUUGCCAGUGUAAUAUUUCAGUGACACCAAUGAAAAACAUUCUGGCGGUAAAUUUGACUGCUUGUGUACUCUUGUCCCAUGCGUACUUUUGCCCCCACCUACCCUAUGCCUUUUUUUUAUGUAGAUUCAAUAAAGUUUAGAAAUUUCAAAUUUUCUUGGUGGAUCGUUAUGAUUUCAUUCCUCAUAAGCUAUUAAAUCAUUAAAAUAUUAUUUUGUUGGCCCAAAAACCUUUUGAAAAGAAAAGAGCAAUAAAUAAGAAUUAAAAUACAUAUUCUUAAACUGAAUAUAUAUUAAAAGUUUCGAUAUUUUUAAAAUAAGGAUAAUUUACUCUAGAGUCAUAUUUAGGUCAUGUACUUUACUUUAAAAAGAGUAUUAUUUUCUGAGAAAUCGCACCAAUUGUUAGCCACGUUUAAUUUUAAUAAUUAAAUUCCAGUAAAACAUGUUUAUUUAGUUUAAACUGAAUUUUAAUUUUUGUUAAAGCUAGAUUUUUUACUUUGCUAGAAUAGUAGGUAAUUGGGCAAUGAGAGUGGAUAUGAUGCCCAUAUAUCGCAGGAAGAUAAAGUUUGUGAAGUGCUUAAUCAUCUGAACGCGAUACGGAUAAUCCACCUAGGUUGUACAAUAUAUUUUUUUCUACGGCCCAUUAGAUAAAAUUACAAAAAAUAAUUUAGAGGCUAUUAAGAUAAAAACUAUUUUAAUAAUAAUUAACAAAGAUUUAAGUUUAUAAUCUUUACUGAUUUAUGAGAUAAACUUAAAAAUAAAAUUAUACGUCACCCGGGAUUUGAAUCCCGGACCUUUCAAAUGGGAAGUUAACACUUAAACUAUGACACUAACGUUUUAUUACAAUUUUAUAAAUUCAUCUUUGUAAAUAUAAACAUUAAUAGUGUAUUGGCAUUAUUUAUCGAUUAUUCACAAGAAUAUGAUUAUAGUUUAUCUGAGUAACUAAAGGCACCGACAAAUUGUUUGAGAGAAUUGUCACUAAAUUAAAAUUGAAAAUUAUAGUCGGCCGGAUAAUAAAUAGCUAUCAUUGGUGAAUUUCAUAUCUAAUAUCCGUUCAGUAGACUUAUAUCAGCUACUUAUUCGUUCUGCAGUUCAUGCACAAAGUUGAUAAUAUAUAUGUGGGCGUAGAAAAAAAUGUAUAUUUCAAAUGCCAUUCUUGUGUGUUUAUCAUAUACUAAUUUUGUGGUUUUUAAAGUAUUCUAAUUUUCUACGUAUAUAGAGGUAUUCUCUUGUCCGAAAAAAUAUGGUACAGUUGGUUUCUGUAUUUUAAAGCCAUUGCUCAUUAUGACAAUUCCAUUUUAUAUUACUUAUUGUAGAAUUAUGUUAUCCAAUCCAG